AUGCAAGCGAACGAUUCGUCUUUCGUUCAUUCUUUAAAUACCGCUGGAUCUUCAAUGGUCCAAGUCGGUAACAAUUACAAUACAACCCACCACCACCACAGCGGCAUCAGCGACGAGGACAAAGCAAAGAUCCCACCGGCGCUAUGUACCACCGAUCCUCGUGACGACAAAGUAAGAAUCGAGACCACCAACGGUAUCCUGCUUCGAGAUUCUUACAAGUGGAUACUUGACAACCCUAAGUUUCUUAGUUGGCGGGAUGAUAGCCUUGAUUCUCGUCUCCUUUGGAUCCGGGGAGACCCUGGGAAAGGAAAGACUAUGUUGAUGUGUGGCAUUAUCGACGAGCUCGAAGCCUCAAGGCUUGGAAACACCGAACAUCCUUUCUUCCUGUCCUAUUUCUUCUGCCAAGCGACAAACUCCGGUCUGAACAGUUACACUGCAGUGCUGAGAGGACUCAUCUACAUGCUAGUCACUCAACAACCCUCGCUUCUAUCCCAUCUGGAUGACAAGAGAGAGUAUAUUGCAGCUCACUGGAACUCCAGGGUGGUAAUGGAAGAGAUCUUCCGUAGCGUCUUAGCCGAUCCAGGCCUCCAAGAAGCAUACUUUAUUGUCGACGCACUAGAUGAAUGCCUCGAUGAGCUUUCAUAUUUAUUAGACAUGAUAUCGAGCACAUGUUCACGCGCCCGGUGGAUCGUCAGCAGCCGUAAUCGUUGCGAGAUACAGGAGCAUUUGGGCGACCAGCCGUUGAAAACCAACAUCUCUUUGGAGCUUAAUGAAGAGUCUAUUUCCCAGGCUGUCGACCAUUUUAUCAACUACCGCACCCACCGACUGGUUGAAAAGAAGAAAAUUAAAAACGACGUGGCCGAGCAAGUCCACGAUCACUUGUCAAAGAACUCCGAAGGCACAUUUCUCUGGGUAUCCUUGGCUUGUCAACGACUCGAGAAAUGCCGUGCUUGGGAGAUACGAAACGAAUUGAUGCAAUUUCCCAUGGGACUUACCAACCUUUACCAGAGGAUGUUGGCUCAGAUUAGUUCAGAUUCGAGUUCGGUUCUUUACGCGAGGCUCCUUGCUACCGUUUCAACUGUCUUUCGUCCACUCACCUUCCCGGAGCUGAUAGCUAUGGAAGGGCUGGAUUUGGACGAAACUAUGUUACCCGAUAUCAUAGCGGAAUGUGGUUCAUUCAUUACUACCAAGGAAAACACAGUAUUCUUCAUUCACCAGUCCGCUAAAGAGUUCCUUGUUAAGGAAUCAGGUCCAGUCCUCUUCAGGUCUGGUUUGGCCCAGCAUCACAUUACACUUUUUCAAAGAUCUAUAACUAUACUCCAAGCCCUGCACAAAGACUUAUUCGGUCUGGUCCGUUUGGGAGUAACAGUCGAGGAAGCCAUCCGUAAUCGACCUGAACCAGACCCUUUGCGUGGGCUCAAAUAUGCAUGCAUUUCUUGGGCAGAUCAUCUGCAGAUAGCAUUCAAGCUCGACCAACAGGGGGAAUUCGAUGACACAAGCUCUUUAAUUAACCUUGCCGUUGACUUCAUCAAAGACAAGUUCUUAUUCUGGUUAGAAGCUCUCAGCCUAUGCCAGAAAUUAUCAGUUGCGGUAAAGGUUUUGGUGUUUCUUAAAAACCUGCUACCUUCUCGUCCGCCAUUAGAGUCUGAAGACCUGGUCGAAGAUGCUCUCAGAUUCUGUAGUUCUUUCAAUUGUAUAAUUGAAAGAUCGCCCCUCCAAACUUAUGCCUCUGGUUUGGUUUUUAGUCCGGAGAAAAGCCUUAUUCGUGGCCGAUUCAAAUAUUGCACUCCAGAUGUUUUUGCCAAACUCCCUGAAGUCGACAAGAAUUGGAAUGUGGUUCAAACCCGUUAUGAUCAUCCACAUCCCGGCGAUCCCGAAGAUCCGGGGGAUUUCGUUGUGACAAAGUUCUUGCAAGACUCUCGGCAAUUACUUUCUAUUUCGGGUACAAUGAACAUAACCAUAUGGCAAGUCGAAGAUGGCAGCAUAAAUAAAACAGCACAGAUCCACGACUUAAUUGGGGCACGAGUACGGAUAUCGUCAGACCUGAAAUGGUUAGUAGCUAUCACUCUGCCAUUUAUAAGUAGCUACAGCCUUCAGGUUCGAGAUUUCAGUUCGAACAAAGUCUUUCGGAUCAAGGAACUUACUAGCCCGUCGAUAGUCCAGGGAAUAGAGAUCUCUCCUAACAAUCAAUGGCUAGCAGUUUGCUAUGAGGAAGUACUAGAGCUUUAUGAUCUUAACUUGAUCAAGCCCGAAGUAGGGCCCAUUGAACCUAGGCAUACGGUAGACUAUCCUGAGACACUCAAAGCCGCCUACAUAAUUGCCUUCUCCUCUGAUAGUACCUUGAUGGCUCUUGGUAUCACUUGUGCUUUUGAUAUUCAAACAGGUCGCUGGUAUCACAGGCAUCCACCACCGAAAGAAAAUGUAGCUUGGGUUCAGAAGUUUGUCCCUGGAACUUAUACACUCGCACUUUGCACUAAUGAACAUGAUAUAUAUUUAUGGCGCGUAUAUGAGGGAGUGUACGAACAGUGGAGCUUGCCUCAUGAGGUAGAUGCUCUAGGCUUUUCGCAUUCUGAAACUUGGAUAGCUAUACUUGGGGAGGACUACGUUUACCUCUAUGACCUCGAAAAGCGAACAUUGAUUCAAAGUGUGAGUAUAUCGCUUCGUUCUGGAUAUAGGCAGAUGGCCUUGUCUUGUGACGGUCAGACAGUUGUGAUCAGUGCUGAGGGGGAGGUCUUGGUCUUACACAUACGUACCAUCCUGGCCCAAUCAUCUCCACUCAUACCCCCGAGUAUGAUUGAGUAUCAUAUGUCAGAUGAUUGGGGAUUAAUGGCACGCCAUAUCGGUGAAAGAUUUGAGGUACGGGACACAACUACAGGAACGAUAAUAUCUGAGUUACAAUCGUUACCAUUCGGUGGUACGGCUAUUGAACUAGCGACAUUCUCACCCAAUGGCCAGGUUUUAUUAUUUACCUACAAGCGACCUUAUGAUUCACAUAUAUUUGCAUGGAAUCUGACCGAUAACCUCCUGUACGAUUUUGGGAGUCACGUUUGUGAUAUAGGUGUGGCCGUUUCCGACGAUGGCGGCGAGGAAGGCUAUUGGUUUGCUACAGCAAGCCGCUACUGCGUUUCUGUAUGGGGAAUCACGACAGGCGAGCACAAGAAACUGAUCAAUCCCCAGAAUGAUAUGUUUAGGGACGUCGGCCAAAUAGCCUUUACAGGCAGUCGACUAGGAGUUUUGAUGCUUUUUGAGGAUUCACACAGUUGCAGAUGGGACUUUUCCCUGUUUGAUACUAGGACUGGCGAGCAGCUCCAUAGAGUGAUGAGCUGGCGACCUAUGGACUUCCUAAAUCGUCACUCCCCAUAUAGGGCAGUCUUACGACUUUCUCCGAACGGAACAUCGGGUAUGAUUUAUGAUCCCAAUACGUGCCGUUUAUUUUUGUGGGAUUCAGAAGGGAAUACUAGCGAUUCCAGGUUUUGGACACACUUCUCAGGCCAUUUCUUCCUGGACAACGAAACCCUUUGUACCCAGCAGGGGCAUUUCUCUAUCUACUCUAUCCCAGGUCAGACCACGCAGUCGGUGCUAUACGGCAAAGGUGUUAGACAAGGACAUACCCAAGACGAUCCUUUUCUAUAUUCAGCUAUCCGAAAAUUCGAGGGAUAUUCCUACGGAUGUGGCGUUGAAGAACACUGGCUAUAUCUAGACAAUAUGCCGAUGUUGUGGAUACCUGCUCAGUAUCGCCCUGAUGAAUUGGGGAAUAUGGCAUGUGGACAUGAUUAUGUUGUUGUACAAGCAAGCUCUGGGCUGUAUUCGAUUAGGUUUAAAGAGAAUGCACGAGACUUCAUUUAG